AUGAACCGACAAAAACAAAACAUAAGAAGAUUGACAGCCGCAUUCCGAGAUCAUUCAAAAAAAUUCUUUCGUACAAGUGGAGCUAGACAUGUUGAAAAUAUUGAAAAUGAAGACCGUUAUCUACCCGUGAGGCAUAUUCAGGAACUUGAAAGGAUCGGAUAUACUCGUGAGCAAGGGGAGAUUUUAAUCAAAAGCAUUGUAGAAAGUACUAAAAAUUUAGCAACUAAAGUGGAACUUAACGAUCUCACGAAUAAGGUCAUUGAAAUCAAUGGGAAAAUCCAAAAUUGCAAUGGGGAAAUCCAAAAGUGCAAUGGGGAAAUCCAAAAGUCCAAAGGGGAAGUCAUUAAGGAAUUCUAUAAGUACAAAGAGGAAGUCACUCAGAAAAAUCAUAAUGUCUAUAAAGAAAUUCUUAAGGAAAUCGCAAAGUCCAGUUUGGAAGCAAUAAAGACCAGAGAGGAAAUUCAUAAGGAAAUCGCAAAGUCCAGAGAGGAAGCAAUGAAGUCCAGAGAGGAAAUUCAUAAGGAAACAAUAAAGACCAGAGAGGAAGUAAACAAGCAAGUUGAAGUUCAAAAAUACCAGAUCCUCAUUCGUGCGUAUGUCGGAACUACCGGAAGUCUUGUUAGUCUCGCUGGCCUUUGUUUAG